CCGAUAUUUUAGUUCUUUAUUUAGUUGUUUUCUAUUUGUAUAUUUAUAAACUAUUAUUUUCUCUUUAAAGAAUAAUGCAAAACUUGGUUUAUUUACGAUUCAUUCACUUACGCGUCUCGUCUAUUUUAAGGUACAUAUAUUUUUGUGCUUAAACCAUAUAUUUUCUACCUGUUGUUUUAAUCACAAGCCAAGAAGAAUAUUUUUCAUUAAAAUUUAGAAGUAGACUUCUAAUGUUUUAUAAUAUUGAAUGGCUUCCGCACCGUCUUAUUUACAGUCUUUAAAUACUCAGCAACGACUAAGUGUUGAGUCUGAUCAUAAAUAUACGCAAAUUUUGGCAGGACCCGGUUCAGGAAAAACGCGUGUUCUGACCUCCCGAAUUGCUUACCUGUUACAAGUCGCCAAUUGUAAUCCUCGAGAUCUUCUAGUCGCGACAUUCACCAAUAAAGCAGCGAACGAAAUCAAGCAAAGAAUUCACACACUCCUUGGAAAUGAGAAGUCUUCCAAAAUAAUAAGUGGGACAUUUCAUUCAAUUGCCUAUAAGUACUUGUCUGUAUACGGAAAGCACAUUGGACUGAGUUCAAAAUGGUUGGUAGCUGAUAGGAGCGACGUAAAAUCAAUAGUUAAACGACUGUUGACGAGUUUAAAAAAGGCAGAUAAUGAAAUAGCUAGUGGAAUUCGAGGACAAGAAUUGACACCCGAGAAUGUUUUGACCAGGAUAUCAAAAAUGAAAUCGUCGGGCUUACUUGCUAAGUCCAAUAGUCCUGAACUCAUUUUAUUACCGGGAAUGGAUGCACCAUCGCCCGAAUUACAAAGUUACCAAUCUACUGAGCUAUACAAGUUAUAUCAAACAACACUGAGAAAAAACAAUCUAAUGGAUUUUGACGAUCUUUUAUUACAUUUUAUCCUUCUGCUUCGAGAGUAUCCAAUGUGUAUUGCGAAUAUUAAACAUAUUCUAAUCGACGAAUUUCAAGACACUAGCAGGAUUCAAUAUUAUUUAUUAAAACUGUUAGCCAAGAAUGAAACAGCCAUUACUAUUGUCGGGGAUCCUGAUCAAUCAAUUUACGGGUUUCGAAGUGCUGAGAUAGAAAACUUAAAUCGAAUGACGAAGGAUUUCCAAGGGACACAGAUACUAAAUCUGGAAAUGAAUUAUCGUUCAGCGCAUUCUAUCUUAGAAUUAGCUCUCUCAAUCAUCUCACAGGACAAGACAAGGCCUCAGAAAGGAAUCAAAAGCGAUUACUCAAUGUCUUUAAGGCCAUCCUAUCGAACAUUUGAAACUAAUCAAAAAGAGUCCUAUUGGAUUGCUUGUGAAAUAAAACGUAUCGUGGAAUGCUGUCCCGAAUUGUUUACAUAUGAUGAUGUAGCCAUUUUAGUUAGGUCAGGCAGUUUGACUAGAAGUUUAGAACAUGCCUUGACGGAAGUUGGGGUGUCGUAUAGAAUGGUGGGAGUUCAUAAAUUCUUCGACAGAGAAGAAGUACGCGAUAUGGUAGCUUACGCAAGAGUGGUUGCCAAUCGGGAUCCAACAUCUUUAAUACGAAUCCUAAAUACUCCUGCUAGAAAUAUUGGAAAAACAAAAAUUGAUCGUCUUCUUGAAGAGACUGAACGGCGGAACCUUCCACUCUGGGAAAUCUUAGUCCAGGUAAGCGAAAACUAUAUCCUCCUUUCCCAAAGGCAAGACAAAUCCUUUUUAAAGUCUUUAAAGACUUUUAUUCGGAUGAUAGAAGACCUCGAUAAAGAAUCGCGCGAUAAUAAUAAAUCAGUCAGUGAGUUAUUAUCUUCUAUUCUUCAUGAAAUUAAAUAUUAUGACUUUUUACGAAAAAAGAAUCCAGAGACAUAUGAUGAAAAAUGGGAUAACGUGAUGGAAUUGGUUCAUCAAAGUGAUAUUCUUGCCCAACAAGAUGAGUUGAGUUUAGUAGACGAAGGACCAGAAGAAAUUCCUCUUCACAAAUUCCUUGCACAUGUCACUUUAGCAAGCAGUGAUAAAGAAGAAGAUAAAUCUUCAAAAGUUACCAUUUCUACCCUACAUGCUGCAAAAGGUUUGGAAUGGCCAAUUGUUUUUCUCCCUUGUGUUUGUGAGAAUAUAAUUCCUCACUCACGUUCAGACGACGUCGAUGAAGAAAGAAGGUUACUUUAUGUUGGUAUAACACGGGCACAAGCUUUAUUAUAUAUAUCGUCAUUUCAAAGUUCAGUGGGAUCCUACAGCGAUGCCGAGAGUUUCAGCUCUAAGCAGGAUAUUAGUAGUUUUCUAAAAAGCCAUGAGACAACAAAGUAUUUAUCAGAACAAGAUAUAGUAUUUAACAACCAGUUAGCUUCUGAAAUUGGUAUUAUAUUAAAUCGGAAGGAACACGGCAUCGUUAGAAAUGUUAGCAUACAAGAUAUAAACGAGCGAUCAAACAAGGCGUAUCAGAAAGAAAAAUCCUAUUCAGAUAAACCCGCUUUCGUGUGUUCUCGUUCAUUAGCGGAAACGGAACUAAAAAAAAGAGUAAGAGAUCAAGAGUUCAUGGGAGUUCCCAACGAGUCAUUCGAAAAAGAGAAUCCUCCAAAAAGAAAAGGAAAUGUCGAUAUAAGAGAUUUCUUUUCAAAGAAGGAAGCCCUUCAGUUAGAAUCGGAUAAAGGCAAAACUGACUUUUCCUAUAUACAACAAAAGCGAACAUCGGUGAACGAAGGUUCAUUCAAUAGAGCUCAUGGAAUUUCUGUAAAAGACAUUGGAAAAAGGAAAAUUACAAGAAGGAUGGUUUCAACUGAGAAACCCGUUAAGCACGAAGAAACUAGCUCUUUUUCUAGUUCAAGCUCGUUUCAACAACCCAUGCGUCCUCUCAACCAUGAAAAAACGGACCAACUAAAGGAUACAGUAAAGAACGAAAAGGAAGCCAUAAGUGAGAAUACAUCUAAGAGUCUAUUACAACCAUCUCAAGCUCCGAGGAAGAAGCGAUUAGGAGUAAGACUUCGUGUUUCCCGGAUGCUGUAAACUAGAUUUAGUAUAGCAUAAAUUAAAUACAGUCAAGGCAUCUUGCGUUUGUCUUUUCACUCAUGUAACUAAAAUUUCGCAUUAAUAUGCUUUAAGUCAAGAACUAUUGGUAUGAGGACUUACACAAGCGUCGAACAGUUUCUACAAAUUGGUCGAGUACAACGAUCGCAAUUAUGUAGAAGGGCUAUUGUUUCACAAAAGUUACAAGGACCAUCAGAGGAAGGUGCACCUUCGUUUGUUACAAAGUUUACCUUUUCUGAAAACACUAGGCCAGUGGUAUCUUUGCCGUGAUUACCUUGCAUGAAGAAUAAUCCAAGGAAUGUUUUUACUGCAAUGUUAAUGAAAUGGACCGUUUACAGUUUGAAGUUUUACGUACAAUCCAUUUGAUUUUUGUUUUUCUUCGUGCUCAUUUCAAGACACGGGGAUUCAUCACGAGACCUUUUCAUUUUUGUUUUAUUCUAAAUUGAACGUAUCAUAAAUCUCCAAAGUACCAGUGAUUCUCGGGUGUCUUUAGCUUUUUGAUAAUUGUGGGAUGGUAGUAUAGAGAAUUAAGGAGCGCAAUGAAUAGAAAAAUAGACAACGACCUUUUUUU